GUGGGAGGCAUCUCUGCCCAAGGCAGGAGAGACUGGGACUUAAUGAUCUUUAAGACUAAAACUGGUAUUGCAUUGUUGUAUGAUGAAGUAUCUGAAAAUGCUUAUGACAUCCGACUGAAGCUUACAAAAGAGGUAUUAACAAUUCAAAAACAAGAUGUCGUCUGUGUUAGUGGAAGUGAUCACAGUGCAAAUCACAGAACUGUUACACUUCGUAGACAACCAGUUGGUGGCUUGGGCUUAAGCAUAAAGGGUGGUGCUGAGCACAAAGUGCCUGUCGUCAUAUCAAAAAUAUUUAAAGACCAAGCAGCUGAACAAACAGGAAUGUUAUUUAUAGGAGAUGCAAUAAUACAGGUUAAUGGUAUAAAUGUAGAAAGUGCUACCCAUGAAGAAGUGGUACACCUGCUGCGAAAUGCUGGCGAUGAAGUUACCAUCACUGUUCAGUACCUCAGGGAAGCUCCAUCAUUUUUAAAACUCCCAUUAGGUUCCCCUGGACCAUCCAGUGAUCAUAGCAGUGGAGCUUCAUCACCUCUCUUUGACAGUGGCUUACAUUUAAAUGGAAACUCAAGUAACACGGCCCCAUCAUCACCUUCUUCACCCAUAGCUAAUGAACCAAAAUAUGAGAAGCGCUGGCUAGACACCUUAUCAGUUCCUUUGUCGAUGGCUCGAAUCUCGAGGUACAAAACUGGAACAGAUAAAUUAAGAUCUAAUGCAUUUGAAGCUGCACUCGAUGGAGUUGGUACUGGGAUACUUCAGUUUUAUACAGCCCAGGAGAGUGCUGACUGGCUGAGAGCAAUGUCAACUAACAUCAGUGAUUUGACACUUCAAAAUAUGAAAAUGGCAAAUAAAUGCUGUUCUCCCUCAGACCAGGUCAUACAUAUGGGAUGGGUAAACGAGAGACUUGAAGGAACUGAUUCAUCUCAGCUCUACAAAUUCAAGUUUCUGGCACUGAAGGGUUCAUCCUUCUACAUUUUCAGCACUCCACCGGUAAGCACACUAGACUGGGUACGAGCUGAAAAAAUCUAUAACCUCUGUGAGGUUCUAUUUAAAAUUCAGAAGCUCUGGCUUGCUGAUGAUUGCUGGCUACAAGCAAACAUGUAUUUAGGUAUUCAUCAGGACUUUGAUCUUGAAGACCAGAGGCUGUAUUGUUUCAGUGUUAUGGCUGGACAUGGCAAGAGUCAUUAUUUCAAUGUAGAACUGGGCAGUGAAUUGGCAGUGUGGGAGAAAUCAUUUCAAAGAGCAAUUUUCUUGGAAGUUCAAAGAACCGGGUCUAAAACAUAUAUGUGUAGUUGGCAAGGGGAUACUCUGUGUUUCACAGUCGACUUUGCUCUAGGAUUUACCUGUUUUGACAGUAAAACAAAGAAUGUGCUGUGGAGGUUUAAAUUCUCUCAACUCAAAGGCUCUUCAGAUGAUGGAAAAACAAAAGUAAAGCUGCUUUUUCAGAAUCUAGACACCAAACAAAUUGAGACAAAGGAACUUGAAUUUCAGGAUCUGACGGCAGUUUUACACUGUAUUCACUCCUUUAUAGCAGCAAAGGUGGCAUCUGUGGAUCCAGUAUUCAUAGACAGUCAGAGUAUUGCAAGAAAAUAUAUGUACAGUAACUGAUACUAGAUUAUAUGUUGUGACUAUGGAAAAUAAAUUAUUUUCUUAAAAAAAGUAGUUAUUUCAUUCACAAUAUUGCAACUUUGUGAUUUUAUAAGAAGCUUUUAACUGUGUUAUCUGUAAUGUUAAGAGUUUUCACAAUCUGAUAAAUAUUUUGAAUCCAUGAGUUAACAAAUACUAAGUCAAACUGAAUCAGUUUGUCAUCUUCUGCAUCAAUCUAAAAUUCUAAAUGAAUAUUCAUUCAGUAAUAGUUUUAGUACCAUUUUGAUUUCUGCUCUCAUGGUCAUUCAUACUCCCCCUUAUUAGAUAGAAAUGUGGAGUAAUACUUGAAAAGUGUGUGUCCAAAAUUUGACCUCUAAGUCUCUUUUGGAAAGUGCUGGGCACACAGGCAAUUUCUACAGUCUUCACUGUAGUAAAGAAGUAAUUAUUGAAGACAACUGCAGUAGGAAUUGAACUUUAAUCUUGCUUCUAUAUGUUUGAAAAAUUAUAGUUCCACAGUUGGGUUCUUUCAAGGCCUGAGAGUUUAGCUCUGGCAAAACACUAAAUACUCUAUUUCAGAUCUAGGAAAAUAUUUAAGCACAUGCUUGACUCUAAGCACAUUAAGUAACCCCAGUGUAUGCACAAGGUAAUGUUAAGUGUGUAUUUAAGUAUCAUGGUAGAUCAACUGUGAAGAGAUUUAGACUCAGCUAAGAAGCCUGCCUAUAGGCACUCAGUUUUAGAAAACUUGCCAUAGGGUUUUCUUAUCUAUGAAUAAAGUUUCCAUGAUCCAUUCAUUUAUUCGUUCACAGGUUGCCUUGAUGCUACCCUUUGAUGUGAUGCUCUGUAUGCUUGAGAACAGCUUCUUUAAUAAACUGUUUUGUUUGGGGGAAGAUGCUUCCAGUAUAGGAUGAACAUAACAAAACGUAAAGAUGUUUCUAGGCCACCCACAUUUUCUUUCCUACAGCUCUAAU